AUGUUCUCAACUGCACCCGCCAACUCUUGUGUUCACUGUCGUGAAUAUGCAAAAUUCGUUUGCUCUGGAUGCCAGGCAAAGUUUUGUCAACAUCAUACUGAUGAACAUCAACAAAUGCUAGAUGGGCAACUACACUUAUUGACGGUGGAUACGGAUCAAAUUACAAAUCGACUGUCUGAAGACCAUAUUCAUUCAGAGUAUGCAGAAUGUUGGGCUGACAUUGAUUCGUGGGAAGAAGAAGAAAUCAGACAUAUCCAAAAAACCGCCAAUCUCAUGCGACAAGAAGUGAUCGAUGCCGUCGGCGAGUGUUUAUCUAAACCAAGGCAAGAAUUAGGUUUACUUCUGGAUCAACUCGAUUUGGUACGUCAGAAAGUGAAAGCUUUCGAUGAAAUUGAUUUGAGUCGAUGGAAAGAUCUUGUCGAUCGUGUUAAGAUGCUGUCCAGAUUUCAUGUUACUCUUAUGGAUGUCGAUAAUGGUCUUGAGCUGUUAGUAACCGGCAAAAAACUGGAAAAUCUGAUUUAUUCAGAAGAUAAUGAUCGACAUCCCAUUGGUUUUGUACCAAUACCUUCUUCAGAGCUACAACGUGUCGAUCACACGGAGAAAAACGCACAAGUAGAUCCGACAGAGAACAGACGACCGGAGGAAAGUCGGGCCUCAACUGCUUUGGUGGAGGGAGUCGAACGUUCGAAUAAUCAGAGGCCACUAACACAGUUGCGUCGACCUGCAGCUGCUGAAAUUCCCUUUGAACAUCGAAGUUUCUAUCCACUACGAUGGCGAAUCAAUAAUUGA